GUUUUUUUCUAGGGUUUUCCUUGUGAAGCGAAGCGAGCUAUGGCAGUGAAAGCGCCAGUGGCGUCGACGCUCAAUCCCCACGCGCCGCUCUUCAUCCCGGCGGCCUACAUCGACACGGAGGAUUUCUCGCCCGAGUGGUGGUGCCUGGUAGAGAAUUGCCCCGCGUUUAGAGAUUACUGGCUCAGGGAGAGGUACCAGGGAAUGGAGGAGGAGCUGAGCCCCGAGGAUCUAGAGGCGCUGGAGAUGGAGCUUAUGGAAGAGGAAGAAGAGAUGGAAUUCCUGGCCGAGGACGACAGCGCGGCUGUCUACAACAACAGUGAGAACAAAGAGCAAGAUCAGCACAACACCAGCCUGGCGAAAGAUCUCAGCGCCCUCGAUCUCAACUCGGAUAAAAACGAUUCUCCAAGCUUGCUGGAAGUCCCUUGAUGCUGCUAGGAAGAACUAGGAACAGUAAGUAAUUUUGUACAUCGACAAAAGAGAGAGCCCUCAAGGUAUGAAGUGCCUAAGGUGUUGUGAUACAUAUUUUUCUCUACACUUGUAAUGAAAACCAAAAAAGAGGCAGGAUUUGUAAAGUA